AGAUGUUUAAAAAUGUUAAAAAAUAAACUACUUUAAAAAGAAGUGGAAAAUUAACUGUGUUGCAGUUUCUAUUUGACAUUUACGAAAGAUCAGACGCGCAAGAGAAUUAGAAAUAAAUAACAAUCCGGAUAAAAUUAGAACUAGUCGAUUAAAAAUCAUGUUUUUUUAAUUAUAAUUAAUAGUCACGAUACACAAGUAUUACAACUGACUAGAAAUCUGUACCAAGUCGUAGCGUGCGUACGUUCGAAACCUGCCGUUACUUUCGAUCGUGACCGGUGUGUCAGCGCCACGCGUAGCGUUAGCCGGCAUUGUCGCGGAAGGCGCGUUGUUGGUCGUUGAUUUCCCAUUCGAGGUGAUAGUCGGCGAGAUCAAGCGAGAUGAGCGACGAUUUACCGUAUCGAGUGGAAUACGCGAAGAGCGAUCGUUCUAAAUGUCAAUUAUGUAAACAAUCUAUCAGCAAGCAGAGCCUGAGGCUCGCCGCCGUUGUUCAGAGUCCUGUUCAUGAUGGGAAAAUACCUAGAUGGUAUCACUUCAAGUGUUUCUUUUCGAAACAAAGGCCAAAAUCCAUUGCUGAUAUAGCAUGCUUUGACGAGAUUCGCAAUGAAGAUCAAGAUGAAAUUCGAAAGAAAGUUGAGGAAUCUCAUAAUACACCUGCUCCAUCAUCUGGAAAAGCGAGGAAGAGAACAAAGGGUGGUGGAGCUGGUGGUGAUGGAGAUUUUAAAGUGGAAUAUGCUAAAUCUAGUAAAUCCACCUGCAAAGGAUGUGAAGAAAAAAUAAUUAAAGGCGAAGUAAGAAUAUCAAAGAAAGAUUAUGAGAGUGAUGAUGCUAGAAGAUUUGGUGGAUUUGAUAGAUGGCAUCAUGUGGAAUGUUUUGUAAAACUCAGAAUGGAUUUGGGAUAUUAUGGGAGUGGAGAUCAGCUUCUAGGUUUCAAAGAUCUCUCAAAAGAGGAUCAAGCAAAUAUCAAGAAUUCAUUGCGUAAAAUGACUCAGGGUGAUAUACCGCCUCCUAAAAAGAUUAAGGAUGAACCAGAAGAUGCAGAAGAGACAAAGUUAAUAACAAAGCAAAAUGAAGAAUUGUAUGCUGUAAAAGAUCAAAUAUCAAGCCUUGAAAAAAAAAAUGAUUGCAUUAUUGGAAAAAACCAUCAAGAAAUUCCAACUGGCACUUCAAAUAUUGUUAAUCUUUUAUCUGAUAUACUAUAUUUUGGAGCUUUACAACCUUGUCCAAAAUGUAAAGGACAACUCAUAUACAAUUCUGGUUUGGGCUAUAAAUGCACUGGUAAUAUAACAGAAUGGUCUAAAUGCGAAUAUGUUACACAAGAUCCGAAAAGAAAAAAAUGUGAAAUACCAAGUAAUAUGAAGAAAGAUUUUCCAAUUAAGUCAUACAAAUCCAAGGUAAAAAAACGAAUAUUUAAAGUGAUACUUUCAUCGAAUUCUAUUAAAAAAGAGGAAGAUACAGCAGAUGGACCAAAAAUACAAGGAAAACCACGUCCUCUGAAGAACAUGCAAUUUGUUAUACUAGGCCGAACACAAAAGGAUAAAGAAGAACUAAAGAAAGAAAUUUUAUUAUUAGGUGGUACUGUUACAACCAGAAUUCAUCAAGAUUUGACUGCUGUAAUUUCAAAUCAGAAUGAAGUGGAAAAGAUGAAUAAAAGAAUGGAAGAUGUUAAAUCAUAUGACAUUCAAGUAAUUACAGAAGAUUUUAUAGAAGAAGCAAAAGAGUAUACAGAUGCUCCCAUCAUGCUUCUAAAAAAGAAGACUAUCUCCAGCUGGGGUGGCGAUAUUAAUGCUAGACUUUCUAAUGUUAUUGCAAAAUCGGGUGCCUCCAAAAGUAAGAGCAGAUUUGAAAAAUCAAGUUCUGGUAAAAUGAAAGUAAAAGUAAAAGGCGCUGGUGCUGUUGAUCCUGAUAGCGGUUUAGAAAACCAGGCGCAUAUUUAUCAAAAAGGCAAAGAUAAGUACACCGUGACGUUAGGUCUAACAGACAUACAAUCAAAAAAGAAUAGUUACUACAAGAUGCAAAUUCUGAGAGACGACAACUGUGACAGAUAUCACUUAUUUAGAAGUUGGGGCCGGAUUGGUACCACGAUUGGCGGUAAAAAAUUAGAGAAAAUGAAUUUGCAAGAGUGUAUUGAUCAAUUUGAAUCGUUAUAUGAGGAAAAGACGGGUAAUCAAUGGAAAAAUAGGGAGCAUUUUGUUAAAGUACCAAAUUUGAUGUAUCCGAUCGAUAUAGAUCAUGGAGAUCAAGAGGUUGUUUCUCUAGAUUCGGACAUCAAAAGUAAUUUGCAGAAAUCAAUUCAGGAUCUCAUACGCCUUAUUUUCGAUGUAGCUGAGAUGAAAAAAGUUAUGUUAGAAUUUGAGAUAGACAUGGACAAAAUGCCGCUCGGAAAAUUGUCCAAAAAACAAAUUGAAAAAGCUUACGCUGUUUUAACAGAAUUACAGGAAAUAUUGAAGAAAAGUAACAUAGAUCGCACUAUGUUGAUCGAUUCAUCCAACAGAUUUUAUACAUUGAUACCACACAAUUUUGGAAUUUCCGGACCAAAAAUCCUCGAAACAUUGGAAGAGAUUCAGAGCAAAUGCGAUAUGCUGGAUGCAUUGCUGGAGAUGGAGAUCGCAUACAAUCUUUUGUGUGAUAAGACCAACGAGAAGGAGAAUCCGCUUGACAGUCAUUACAAACAGUUGAAGACUGACAUUGAAGUAUUGGAUAAAACUAGCAAGGAAUUCAAGAUGAUUGAAAAAUAUGUCAAGAAUACUCAUGCGGCUACUCAUACACAAUACGAUCUCGAGAUUGAGGAAGUAUUUGUUGUCAAGAGACAGGGUGAAGAACAGAGGUUCAAGCCUUUCAAGAAAUUGCCCAACAGGAAGCUGCUUUGGCACGGAUCCAGAACUACGAAUUAUGCAGGAAUAUUAUCUCAGGGUUUGCGUAUUGCACCACCAGAAGCGCCUGUUACUGGUUACAUGUUUGGCAAGGGUAUAUAUUUCGCUGAUAUGGUGUCAAAAUCUGCAAAUUAUUGCUGCACACAUAGUCAGAAUCCAACAGGUUUGUUGCUGCUUUGUGAAGUUGCCUUGGGUAACACAUAUGAAAGGUAUCAAGCUGAUUAUAUUGAGAAGUUACCGAAAGGAAAACAUUCGACGCUGGGUCGUGGUCAGACACAACCCGAUCCGCAAGAUGUCUAUAAAACAGAGGAUGGUGUUGAAGUGCCCUAUGGAAAGGGAGUACCUGCUAAUCUUAACAAAAAUUCUGCAUUAUUAUAUAAUGAGUACAUCGUGUACGACGUGGCUCAAGUAAAAGUGCGAUACUUAUUAAGAAUGAAUUUCAAAUACAAAUACUAAAAUAUGUAAUACAAAAAUGUUAUGUUCCAAGUCAUUGUAUAAUUAAAGUUCUUUGUGGAAUUACGGUUAAUUUUCAACUAUGAUUUAUAUUUUACCAUUAUAAUUCCAUUAGCGUUACAAGUGUUAAACUUCAUAAAACUAUUUUAUCUUCAAUGAUUACUUUUUACUUUUAUGUAUUUUGUAUAUGCAAUUUGUUUAUGUUCACUAAAUAGAAUUUGCUACCUCAAAUAUUGAUUGUAAAAUCAUAUAAUAAAUUUUUCAUAAAAUUAA